AUGCCCACCAUUUUCCCAACAUGGCCACACAUCCUAUUUGGCGUCCUUGAACCUAUCUCACUGGCCCUCGGCAGUGUCUUCCCCCUCUACGACCUCCAAGGCUUUAUCGCCGGGCAAACACCCACCAUCGCAGCCCCAGCCACCUUACACCCAAGCAGCGUCGCACUCGCCUACCAACUCGGCAAUGUCUAUUCCCUCCUCUUCCUAGUCGGGGUGGGUGUCUGCCACGCCACAACAGAGCCAAGAGUACUGCGCAACUAUCUAAUCGGGCUGGCCAUCGCCGAUGUAGGCCAUGUCUACGCCACGUACUUGGCGAUGGGCUGGGACGCGUUUGCGGACGUCGGGGCAUGGAACGCUUUGACCUGGGGUAACAUUGGGAUCACGACGUUCCUGUUCGUCAAUAGGAUCGCUUAUUUCUUGGGCAUUUUUGGAUAUGCGAAGGCGCCUAAGGCGGCUGCAAAACGGGAGUGA